CUGUUGUAAAAAAGUUUGUAGCAAAAUUGCAUUUUCAUAGUUCUACUGGCCAACAAAUAACAAAACGAAGAUUGUGCGGCAACAGUAAAAUCCAGUGAUCAAUGAUGCGUUAAAGUAAAAGACCAACAACGAAGGUCACCACGCGGAACAGCAAGGGCAAACCAAAAAGAAAGUGCAGCAGCUGAUUCUUGUGUGCCACGUAAAAGUUGAAGGUCAGCAAAGUGUCGGCCUACGAAAGCAUGGACUUGCAGCAUAUGGAGAAUGGUGGAGGACUGGGUGGUGGCGGGGGCGGAGGGGGUGGCCUCAGCGAGAUAGACUUUCAGCGUCUGGCGCAGAUAAUCGCCACCAGCAUUCUGAAAGUUCAACAAAAUGUUUCGACCAUGCAGCGCAUGGUUAGUCAGCUAAAUACACCACAGGACUCCCCCGAGUUGAAGAAACAGCUGCACCAACUCAUGACCUACACCAACCAGCUGGUGAACGAUACAAACAAUCAAAUCAAUGAGGUGGACAAGUGCAAGGAGCGGCACCUGAAAAUCCAGCGGGAUCGACUGGUCGACGAGUUCACAGCGGCACUCACCUCCUUCCAGGCCGUCCAACGGAAGACGGCGGACAUUGAGAAGAGUGCUCUGCGGCAGGCGCGGGGAGACAACUAUAACAUAGCCCGUCCGCCCGGCUCCUCGCGCACUGGCAGCUCCAACAGCAGCGCCAGCCAGGAGAACGGUUCCUUCUUCGAGGAUAAUUUCUUUAAUCGAAAAUCCAAUCAGCAGCAGCAGCUGCAGCAGACACAGAUGCAGGAGCAGGCGGACCUGCAGGCGCUGGAGGAGCAGGAGCAGGUCAUACGAGAAUUGGAGAAUAAUAUUGUGGGUGUCAAUGAGAUCUACAAGAAGCUGGGUGCCUUGGUCUACGAGCAGGGACUCACGGUGGACUCCAUUGAGUCGCAGGUGGAGCAGACCAGCAUUUUCGUCUCACAGGGUACAGAGAAUUUGCGCAAAGCGAGUUCUUAUAGGAACAAAGUACGCAAGAAGAAGCUGAUACUGAUGGGCAUACUGAGCGCCGUUCUGCUGGCCAUCAUCUUGAUACUCGUCUUUCAGUUCAAGAAUUAAAGCAAACUGAAGGCCAAUGCGAAUUAUUCAACAUAAAACCAAACUAGAUAAUUGUUGUGAAAGGAGAAAAGUUGCCGCCAAGCAGGCCCCCACCCUAGCCGUAUUUGUGGCUUACCUUAAAUCAACUUCCACUUUGGGCUGGAGGGAGAGUGCCGGGCACGUAUUAGAAGGAAGUAUUCACACCGUGAAUCGGCACGUGCGCAUAUGUUUUUGUUCGCUUUACAAACAUUCAAAAUUUAUAUUAUACUCUUAUUCUUAUUCUUAUUCUUAUUAUAUUUUAUGCAUUUUCUUGUGUACUUUAAUAUUUACGCACCCUGUAUAUUGAUAUAAUUGAUUAACAAAACAAAAAUGUUGGCUGCAGAUACGAACUAA